CGCUGCAACGCUGGCUCAGGUGUUGCAGCAGCACGCGCACGCUGUGGCAAGCAUGCUCCGCUGCGCCGCACUACUAGCAACAGCGCAAGCUCUAAGCACAACCACCCUAACGCCACCGCGUCUGGCCGCCACCGAAAAGCAAGUCGUAGCCUGCGUCGACCGCGUCCAGCGCGCGCUCGACGCUGCGGUGGAUGCGCCGCGCGCGUCGGCAUCGAUAGACCCUAUUGAUGUCGCCGACCUCGCGACGGCAAACGGACGAGAGCGAUUGGCCGAGGAUUUACGCAAGCGCCACCACGCGAUUUUGCGAGUGGACGAUGCUGGAGCGUGCCAGGCGCUGCAGGACGCCGCGCUUUCAUUAACAGAAGACGAGGCGCGGCUGCAGAUUAUUGGAGGCGCGACGCCCGUGUCACAAGACCGACCAACGGAGUUCGUCGGCGUCUUCGGCGGCACCGAGAACCGCUUCGUCGAGGUGCGCUACGGUCAUAACAAUGAGGCACUACCGACCACCAUACAACCAGAACUGCCCGAGCUUAAUCAAGCAAGGCGCUGCCUCGGGAGUCUUGGGAGGUUGCUCUGCGUCGCAACACUAGACGAUCGAGCCAAUCUAGCCGACGACGUCGCCUGCGACAGCGGCGGUAAUAGGGAAGAGGCGUCGACGACGGCGCAUCGGCUGUGCGCCUACGCGCCUUCCAAUGUAACGGCCUUCGGCGCCCACACGGAUACUUCUUUCUUUACCCUGGUGCCCUUCGCGCGCGUGCCGGGCCUGGAGGUCCUCGACCCCUCCUUACAGAGGUGGGUCUGCCCCGAGGCUGAUACACCAUCAAAGGGAGAGGGCCAUCUCGUCCUGGCCAUGCCCGGCGAGUUCCUCGAGGUGGCCUCGCAUGGUUCUUUCCAAGCUUCGGUGCAUCGGGUCCGGGGCGGUUCAGAGAAGAGGGUCUCGACGCCAUUACUUGUCAGAGCUGAUUUAAGGGAGCCCUGGGAUGGGUUGGAGGCAUCAUCCGUGUGGCGCGCGCUCCAGAAGUGUACUUCGGCUGAAGCAUUGAAGGAGCUCGCUCCUUGUAUUAAUUCAAGGAAGCGCUACGUCGCGCCCGUCCGCACGCUCGCGGAGGCGCAAUCUUUCUAUGGGAUGCUUUGUGCUGGCAGUGAGGUACUGUCUGUGUCACCGUUGGUCGUCAAAAUGCCGGGCUUCGCUUCUCAUGACGAGUGCGCCAUCUUGUUAAACUUGAGCGACGAUGCGCAGCGGAGCACGAUCGACAACGAACAAGUUACAACCUCGCACCGCACGUCGCGGACGAAGUGGUUAGAUGAUGAUGAGGUACCUGCACGACUGUCCGAGCGGGCCGCCGUGGUGUCAGAACUGCCCGUAUCAAACGCGGAGCGCUGGCAGCUCGCGCAAUACGGCGAGAACUGUGAAUAUAAACUCCACGUCGACACGGUGCCGGAGUUUAACGACCUCGCGCCCGGCGGUCGCUUCUCUACGCUGCUCUUGUACCUCGACGAACCGGCCGAGGGGGGCACGACGGACUUCCCGGACCUUGGCUUGCGGAUAAAGCCGGAGACGGGCACGGCUCUGUACUUCCGCAACGUGCGCGAGCCGGUCUCGGACCCCUUCUCGUUGGAAACGCAUGAGAGUUCGGCGCACGCGGGCGCGCCCGUGGUCCGGGGCGCGAAGCACAUCGCGACGCGCUGGGUCCACCCCGUGCCCUACCCGGACGGGUUGUCGUAAUUAUACAGG